AUGUCUCGGGGCACGCCCUCCAUACCGCGGACGGCUCCUAUAGCCAUCGCACCCAAGCCACUCGAGCCCGCCAUGAGCAGCCAGCAGAGCAGCCUGGGUAACGACAACGGCCCUGUCAGCAACAUGAACGGCCAUGAUUCUGCCGACUCGGACUCGAGCCCACAGCCGCGGAAAAGGAAGCUUGGGCGUGAUCCUACAGUGGAAGAGGCCAGUUGGAAGAGAGGGUCGCCGAGAUGGUCCGAGUAUAGAAGGCAGCGAGAGAUCCACUCGAGUCACUCCAACACAACCGCCAGCAACUCCCUGAUCGAAGAGAUGGCCAACUUUGGAGGCCCCGCGCUUCUCAAGAGGACCCUCGGGCUUCAAAACGACCGAUACAGCCAAUACAUCGGGCCAACCACCGACUUCGAGCCAUCGCUCAUCAACCUGUCGCCGUUCAACCCCGAAGAUGAGAGCUUAUUAGCGCGCGGGAUGCUGCGGAAGGUCAGCGAGCACGACACGUUUUUAAUGCUCCCAGACCACAACACACCCGGCUACGACCACUGCAUCCAGGAUGUCGACGAGGUCGUCCACCCAUCGUUUCCCAUAAUCCAGAAGUCGGUCUUCCUCGAAAAGUACGAACGCGAUUACCGCGAGUUCGCUCCUCCGAUCCUUGCGGUAGUCUACCUUUUGGCGAUGAACUGGUGGGAGCACUCUGAGGAACUCUCCCAGUGCGAGCGCCCAAACGUCACAGAACUCGAACGAGUGAUGCGGUCAUCCCUCGCUGAUGCCAUGUGGCGGCCCAAGCUGUCCACAAUUCAAGCAGGUCUGCUGCUGUCACAGAAGCCUGAAGGAGAUCAGUGGGCGCCGACAGCACAGCUUGUCGCCAUCGCCCAGGAGCUUGGGCUUCAUCUCGACUGCACGCACUGGAAGAUACCACCCUGGGAGAAGGGGCUGCGUAAGAGGCUGGCCUGGGCUCUUUACAUGCAGGAUAAAUGGGGUGCCCUGGUUCAUGGGAGACCGUCGCACAUCGACACUGCAAACUGGAUCGUACAGCCACUUUCACCAAACGAUUUCCCUGAGGACGACUACGACGAUGGUGAUGUCGAGGAGAAGCAGGAGAGCGAACAAGGCCGCACUCUCUUCGUGCAAAUGGUAUAUCUCACCCAGAUCCUGGCUGAGAUUCUCGACACCUUCUACACUCUGCGAGCCAUGCAGACCGUCACGAAUGCUGGUCCUCAAGGCACCAGCUUUGUUCUUUCUUUGGCCAAACCUAUCCAGUUGAAGCUCAAGGACUGGUAUGGAGCGCUUCCAACCAGUAUUCGCAUGGACUCAUCCUUCCAGACAGUCAGCUCGACCUCGACGCGGCUCACCAGCAUUGGCUCACUGCAUCUGGCCUACUUCGCUACCGAGAUCACCCUUCACCGCCGCAUCAUCAGGUCGCUAGCAGCUGAUUCGCAGGCGAUCGACGCGUAUGUCCAGCACAUCUGCCGCAGUGCUGCCAAAGCACGGUUGAUCUCAGCCAUGGACUUUGUCAACAGGCUUACGCCUCUGCAUUUGCAAGCGUUUUGGUUCUUCGCCUCCAAGACCAGUUUUGCACUGAUUGGCACGUUUGGAUCACUGCUGUGGGCCACAUCUCCAGGCCGCGAAGAAGCAGACUGGUACCGCAGGCGCCUUGGCGAGUAUCGCUGGACCUUGAGUGUAAGCAGCAAGCCUGGCGGCAGUGCAAAGCUUACCGAGUUCGCCAUGGGCAUGCUGGACAUCUCGACAGGGCUUCUGAAGCAGCUCCCGGAGAAACCCGAGCUCAGCAGGAACAGCAGCGCGGUCGACAUGGAUCUGGUGGGUGCUCGGCGGCAGAUACUCGCCUCGUGCAGCAGCAGCAAGCAGCCACACGCCGGUGUCGCAGCGCGCGGCGGACGAAUCAAGGGAGGCCACUCGGGCGCUGCCAGCUCACACCUCCCUCCAGCCCUCAGCUGCGUGGCCUCGCGUCUCACACCGGUCCCCCGAUACAGGCCACAACCCCCUGGCCGCCACGAGACCUCUCCAACCCGCCCUGCGCGUACCCGCGACCUGGGCUGCCGUGGGCGACAGCGUGUGCACAGCGCGGCCCGAGGUACUCGGUACUGGACUGCCUGUGCAGUGACCUGGCCUGGCGUGUGA